CAUGGAAAGAAUUCCACAACAAAACAAAUGAAUCUGCGAUAGAGUCUGUGUGUGUGUCAGAGAGAUGUAUGAGAAAGGCGGCAAUUGACUCUUAUGCCAAUAUGCAAAUAUGUUAUACGUGUGUAGUCUUUAAUUAUAGCCACUGAAUCAUCUUUUUGUUGGGGUUGCUUAAGAGAAGAGAGACCGCGGUUGCAUAUAUAAAUAAACUUGUAAACAAAUACACUCGGCGAGACACAUUGAAAAAGAGAGAGAUACAAAAAUAUCAAAGCAAAAUAUUACGCCGGAAUGGGGCAACAAACAAUCACAUGAUUUAUAUUGGGAAUGUCCUUAUAAUCGAGCAAAACACAUUUCAGACCAUUGCAACAAUGACAUUCUCUCACCGUAUCCCACUUGAAGAGCUGCUUCAGGACGAUCCAGAGUUUAAGCUACUAAACAAUCCCAACCGCUUACACACCUUUACACGAAUUGUGGUCGCCGACAAUGACUUGAAGUCAGCUUCAAAGUGGGAUAGUCGGUAUUAUGCUGCCGCCAAAGUGCACAUGGUGGAGAGACUUGACCCCAAGUUUGUCGUACCUGAAGAGUACUACCCAUCAGAGCAAGAGCUAGAAGAACAUGGGGUGCUGUUUGAGGCAACUCGUGGUGAAAUAUUGGAGAAGGCGGUACCUAAUCCCGGCAUUUACGCCCUUUUUUUCCUUGAUUUGAGGGAACUAUUGGCCUUUGGAUCUGGUAAUACUGUCGCUUCAGAUGUUAGCGACGUGUCUGUGGAUACCCGCGGGACAAACGAUGAGGAUAAGGCGGAAAAGGUUGCCGAAAAAACUCUGCUUGGCUUUUUGAACCUGUGGAACUGUCAGGACAUUUGCGGACCAGGGAGGUUUGACAUCGAUGGGACCACUAUGGAGUUGGAUGUGCGCUCCCAAUCUUUCCAUGGGCGCCUUACCAUUCAGGGGUCAUUGGUAAACUCUCUAACAGAUGGUUACGGAGCAGUUACCCACUGCAAUCGAGAUGGGAAAAAGAGAGUAAGCACCACUGUGGCCUUUGGCGUUGAGGCGAAGCGCCACCUGCAUAAGAAAAAUGAUGUUGCGAUCACGGCUCAAGUCGCCGCUGAAGCCAUUGCAAUCGCGCAACAUAAUGAAAAAAAGAAAUCACAUGGGACUCCUGAGGUCUUCAUUUUUUUCAUUCAUCACCGUCGAUGCUAUUUGGUAUCCGCGGUGUUCUCAAGCAACUAUUUGAAGAAUCUCGAAGGCACCGGUCUGGCCGCAGAAGACUACAUGGUGCUCAAGAAGACAAAGGAAUUUGAUUUGGCAAAAGGCGAGGAUAGGAAAAAGUUUGCCAAGUGCGUAACUUCCCUAUUCCGCUACUUGAAGAGCGGCCAUGCCCGCAUGGGAGUGCUAGAUUUCGAAACCCGCGACCGCAGCAUAGUUGGGUAACGAUUCCUGACAUAUAUCUCUCAAGAGGGAGAGAAAAUGGUUUUUUUUCUCACACUCCCCAUCGAGAGACGCUUACUGCAUAUUGAAUUCUUACAUGUUACUUUUCUGCAAUUCAUCCCUACACUAUAAUGCAGAACACACAUUUCACACUCGUCCAACCAACCGUCUCACACUCUUUUUCCUUUGCUCUUGUUCUUCAGCUUGUUCAUACAAUUGUCUCGCUUUCUCUCUCGCUUUGCUCUUUUCUUCUUUUUCUCCCGUCUGUUCAUUAUGUUCUUUUCUCGUCUUGGUUUUGGGUUGAUGGUGCAUUACAAUCAGGU